GUGGUAGACACGUUGCGAGGAGUGGAUUCUCAUGAUCGGCUCACAUUCAUACUUGGUUUUAGUAUGGUCAUCGACGGUAAGUUUAUAGUAGAAAUAUUUGUUGUCAUGUGUUCCCAGCUUAUAACCCCUCUUUCAGCCUGGGAACUUGUAACAAAGCUGAUGUAUGUAGAUGAAGUGUCUGAGAUUCGAGUGAACUCACAUCUGGCAUACGGUGAAUGCGGUUUAGGUGACAUUAUCCCUCAAAACCAAGAUCAGGAGUAUCGAGUUAUUUUCAAAGCAGGCGUUCAGAUUGAACUUCUUGAUAUUGGUGAAUCGCCCAAGUACACAACAAUGUCAGAAGAGGAGCUUUCGGAUUUUGUCCUUAUGUUAAAGGAUAGAGGGAACUUUUACUUCAACCGAAAGGAAUAUGAGAAGGCCAUCUUUGUUUAUAAAAGGUCUUUUAUUAGUAUCGAUCCUUCUUCUAUGUUGUUUGCUAACUGUGACUCACUAGCUUCAGCUGUCGUUGACGUUCCAAGAAAUAGUGAAGCACUGUGUAAACUGUUUUCGGCUCUUCACUCCAAUCUCGCUGUUUGCUAUGCAAAGGUUGGAUGGGCAUUCUUUAUUAUCUUUUGGUCAUACGCUUUUAUAAAGCUUGAAGAAUGGGAAGAAGUCCUUAAAUGCACAGACGAAUCUUUGCGCUUACAUGAGGCGAAUACCAAAGCUUUGUUUCGAAGGGCUGCAGCCCUUUCAGUGCGUAAUGAUACUGAGGAAGCUUUGGAUUGCCUAAAACGUGCACUUGAAAUAGAUCCCCAUGAUGCAGUGGUGCAGUGUGAGAUAGAACGACUUGGAGGAAUUCGUAAGCGACGUCGUGCUGAGGAGCGAGCAUUAUACCGCAGGAUGCUGGUUGGGGCAGGUGAUGCAGAAACUUCCCAUCGCCGCCUUGACUUUGUCACAUACCGCCUAAUUGCUAUUGGGGUAUUCUCCAUGGUCACAUUCGCCUUGUUUGUGUUCUUCCUAUUCCAACUUUGGAACUUGCCUAGUGAUCAGGAGCAGAGUUCUAAAGCCUCGUUUAAGAGCUGA